ACAAAGAGCACUUUUGCAGUCGCAGUCUCUCUCCACGCUGUGAGUGCGUAAACGCCCGCACAGACCCGCUCCAAUUUUGGGAACCGAACUCCGCAUCGCAUAAUAAAAAAAGAAACAACAACCCUGCAUUCCUUUACCGCUGCGUCCUCGGCCCCGGACGACCCCUCGGUGUUUCUUUUUUUUUUUUUUCACAGCAGAUACUCUGAACCCGAUACCCGGUCGGGAAAAGUGAAGAAAGAAGCUGCGGGAGUGGUCUGGAAACUUUUGCCAUCAUGAGCUCGCAGACGGUGAACCUUGAUACCUACAGCCUGUCUUUGCUCACGGCUAAAGAGGACAUCCUCAACCUCCGUUCCUCCACCAACUGGGCAAUAUUCACGUAUGAUGGGAUCACCAACAAGCUCAAACUGGCUGACUCAGGAGCGGGCGGUGUGGCAGAGUUGGCAGGCAAGUUUCACAUCUCCAAGGCUCAAUACGGACUGUGCAAAGUGGGAGGUGUGGAGACCGGGCGCGCUCGGAUCGCUAUGAUCAUCUGGGUCGGUCAACAUGUGGAAGACUUCCGAAGGACAGAAUGUGCCGGCCACAUUCCAGCCAUCAAAAGCUUUUUCAAGGAAGCACACACGUUCAUUAGUGCAGAGAAAGUGGAGGAUGUGACGGAGGAGAAGAUACAAGUCGAGCUCAGCAAGGCCCAGGCCCAGGCUCCUACGCAAUUGGCGAGAAGGAGCUCCAGGUCUGCAGACAAGGAGGAGUUAGUGGGUACUAACUACAGAAAAACAAAUGCUGCAAUGGAGAUGAGACGAAUAAAUAGAGACUCCUUCUGGGCCCGUGCAGAGCGUGAAGAGGAGGAGAGGAAAGAGGAAGAGAAGCGACGCGCCUCAGAGGAGAGACGUCGCCUCGAAAGAGAAAGAGUUUCAAAGGAGCGGAGGGAUGCAGAAGAGAGGGACCGGAAGAUGAAUGAGAAGCUAGAAAUGAUUGAGGAGCAGCGAAGAAAACAAGCAGAGCAAGAAGAAGAGCUCCUCAGAAAGGAGAAAUCCAAAUGGGAGCAGCAGCAGAGGGAGCACGUGGAAGCGAUGCGGGCUCGUCUUAGCAGGAGUGAGUCCAUAGAGAAAGCAGCAGAGGCAGCAGCAUUAGUGUCCCAGCGCUCCAUGAACCCAAGAGAGUUCUUCAGGCAGCUGUCCUCAUCGUCAUCACAAAGUCCCACCAGCCCUGGAUCCUCCCGCUCUGGCAAACCCUUCAGGCGAUACCAGCGCAGCCUGACGGACACGGCCUUCAUCUUCUCCAAAGCAGAAGAGAGCACAUCAUCCUCCCCUUACAGCUCUCCCCUGGUCUCCCCCUUCUCCCGAGCUCCUCCCUCCUCCAUCUACCAGGCCAUGUCUCCUCCAACAAGUCCUGGUUUACGCCCUGUCACCUCUCCACAAAGUUCCAGAGCCCCCGCUUCACCGCCCACGUCACCUCUCCGCCCUGCCCCUCCAGGCGCAGCGGCGCCCAGCGUUCCACAGGCCAACAAACAAGAUCAGGCGUUUGUUCAGCCCAAACCCCCGUCACCCACCGAACCUUCUGCCCCUCCCGCCUCCCCCGGUCUCUUGGCUUCGUUGAACACCGGUUUAGCAAAAAAAGACCCCUCUCAGUUGGACCCAGAAGCCCUACCAGCUUCACCCCCAAACACCCCAACCCAGCCAGAGCCCUCAACUUUCUGCUUCCAGUCCGGUGGAGCCCCACCAGCUCCAGCAGCUCAUCUUCCAGAGAGGCCACAGCCAAAUACAGACUCCAACAACGUCACUCUUGUUCACACGGAGCAGGUCUCGGACGAAGGCUACGGAGUGAAUGCCGUACUGGUGGAGGAAGAUGAGGAAGAGGAUGUGGAGGAGCAUGAAGAAGAUCAAAUGCCACCAGAGCCUUGUGCUGUUACCACAGAACCAGUCCAGAAGGAGGAAAAUGAGCGUGAGGAAGAGGACAAAGAGGGAGAGGAAGAAGGAUUAAAACAGGAAGCUGAGCACUCCUCACUGCAGGACCCAGUGGAGGUGGUGCAAGAGGAAGAGGGGACAAAGGAUGAAGAGAAUGAUCAAUCAGAGGACAGUCAGACUCCCUCUGAGCCCGCCGAGCUUUCAAAGAAAGAGGAGGAGUCGACAGUCACCGAUGCUGAACCAAUUUGUCAAGAAAUUCAGCAUGAGACUGUCAUUGUGUCAACCAACGGGAUCACAAAUGGAGAAGAGAGUGAGAAUGGCACAGAACGAUCCUUGAGUCCGUCGGACACAGAACUCAGCUCCCCGGAGCCGGCUGGGCGCUACGACCUCCACAGCACAGCAGAGGAGGCCGACGGGAACGAGGAAGAGGAACCAGUUAUCUCAGAAAAUGGACAAGAGGUUUUAGCGAAGCAACAAAUGUGUGUCCGGGCUCUGUACGACUACCAAGCAGAGGACGAAUCUGAGAUCUCCUUUGAACCCGGUGACAUCAUUAAGGACGUGGAAACGGUGGACACCGCCUGGUGGAGGGGAUGGAGCAAAGAUGGCUGUCAGGGCUUGUUCCCUGCCAAUUAUGUGGAGACCAUCUAGACGGGCAGAGACACAGACACGUACUCAGGGACACCAUCUCACGUUUGUGCAUACCUUUUUACCGUUAUCCUCCCACUGAAACUUUGUACUCGGUGUUUGUUGGGAGGAUAAAAAAGUGUGACUCCCUGUUUUGUAGAAAGCAUAAAGAUAAGUGUGAUUCUUUAUUUUGAUAUUUUUUUGAGCAAAGCAAAUUAUUCUCACAAGUAUGUAGAAAUUACCCAGCCUCAUUUUCUUGGAUAUAAUAGCGGGCACCUUUCCUGGACCAAAAUAACUUAUUUCCUUUAGAGAUACAGCAGGAAUGUUGGCGGGAGGGAUCAGAUCUCGAAUACAAAGGAUCACAAACGUGCUUUUCUUGUGAAAAACACAAACAGAUUUUUUUUUUUGUGUAUUGUCGCCUUUUUGAUCCACACAUGUAACAAGCAUUCCAUUCUGCUCAGCGUUUGCUUUCUGUGCUGCACUGCUAAAAAAUAAUUUACUGCUUUUGACUGGCAUAUAUAAUCAAGAUACCUGUAUCAGACAUCAUCUUAUAAUCAUCUUCAUUUAUCUCCAGAGUUAUGUUGUAGCAUUGUUUUCUUACUGACAGUCUCACAGCACAUUUUGAUUACCUGAACAGAAGAGGGAGGAGCAGAAGAUAGAGGCACUUUUUUGACAUCUGCAUUUCUCUAUCACUCUUUAGGAUGGAUUAAAGUCUGUUCAUAUGGGGAUGUCCUUCGAUACAUUUUAUGGUUACGUCUCAUCUUAAUUUUUCCUAGAUUUUAGGAAGUUAACGCUUUGUGUUUACACAGAUCAUAAAUUCAAAUCUUCAUAUUUUAAUCUUCUGUUAUAUCGUAAUCUACACUGUAUAUAAGAAUGUAUAAAACACCAAAAAUCAGUUUUUCAGUACACAUUUGUAUGUUCUAUGCUUGUUUGGUGGUAUGUAUGUUCUUUGUGUUUACUCCAAACGAACAAAUAUAUUGCAUAUACAAACUCAAA